AUGAAUUCUUAAAAUUAAAGUUACUUAGAAUCAAAAAAAUGGAAGCAAUACUUAAAAGAAUAUGAAGUUGAUAAGUUAGAUAAAACAUAAUAAAAACUUAUAAAGACUAAAAUACAGAUCAUAAUUACAUAAGAUAAUUAAAUUAUCUAUUUAUAAGACGGUGCAGUAUUAAGAAAGUAAAUGAAUUUUUUUUAUUAACUCAAAGUGAAAUACUUUACUAUAUUUCUGAAAAUCUGGAGAUUUUGAAAAAUUUAGAAUUAAUCAAAAAUCUUAAAUGGUUAGGUGAAUAUGGAAAUAACAAAAGAAAAAUUGGUAAAUGGUAGGCUUUUUGGCAAGGAUAACUUUUAAAUUAAGUUGGUGGGUACUAUGAGGAUGGUUAAAAAUCGGGUUUCUGGAAAGAACUAAUUGAUAAUUAUUGGAUGUAUAUUUAAUCUUAUCUUAUAAACUAGUUAAGCUCAAGUCUAUAGCAUUGGAUAGUAUAUUAAUGGUAAAAAAAUAGGAGCAUGGAAAUAUGUUUAUCAUAAUAAAAAUAUGUAUUUAUAAAAAUAAAAUAAAAUAGUGGUGGAGGAUCAUACAAUGAGGAAAUUUUAAAGAAUGGCAAAUGGAUUGAGUUGAGGGAUGGAUUUUGUAGUUUAUCAUAAAUAGUUUAUAAUGGAGAUUAUAAACAUGGUAAAAAGGUUGUUAGAUGGUAAACUUUGUAUAGGGAUUAUAGAAAAGAUAAAUUUGAAUUAAUGUAAAUUGUAAUUACUAGAGUAUUAGUGGUGGUGGAUUAUAUGAUGAAAGGGUUGAAGAUUCAAUAAAGAUUGGCAGGUGGAUAGAGUUGAG